AUGCGCGGCCGAGAAGGGUCCGCGGCGCGCGCGAGAGAGGGGGCAAUUGUCCGAGGAGAGCGGCGCAGGCGCAAACGGGCCCGGCCUGGAAGAGGAGGAGGCGGCGGCGGCGUGGCGGGAGGCCCCGGGUCGGUGGGCUCGGCCGCCUCCUCCUCGGCCGCCGCCAGCCCCCUGUCGCUGUCGCGCCGCAAGGACGGGGGCCCCGCCGCCAAGUUCUGGGAGAGCCCCGACACCGUCGCCCACAUCGACGCCGCCCGCGCCUGGCUCCACAAGCACUGCAAGAAGUAUGUUCAAGCAGAUGCUCCGACCAAUAAAACGCUGGCUGGGCUCGUGGUGCAGCUGCUACAGUUCCAGGAAGAUGCCUUUGGGAAACAUGUUGCCAAUCCUGCCUUCACAAAAUUCCCUGCAAAGUGCUUCAUGGAUUUCAAAGCUGGAGGAACACUGUGUCACAUUCUUGGUGCUGCUUAUAAGUAUAAAAACGAGCAAGGAUGGCGACGGUUUGACUUGCAGAAUCCUUCCCGCAUGGAUCGCAACGUAGAAAUGUUUAUGAACAUUGAAAAAACAUUAGUGCAGAAUAACUGUCUGAGCAGACCAAUCAUCUACCUCGUUCCAGAUAUUGAGCUGAAGCUGGCCAAUAAACUAAAGGACAUUGUCAAACGACACCAGGGCACAGUCACAGAUGACAAGUCGAAAGCCACCCACCAUGUUUAUCCCAUUCCUACCUCACUGGAUGAAGAAGAGUGGCUGAGACCUGUGAUGAAAAAGGACAAGCAGGUUCUUGUGCACUGGGGCUGUUACCCAGACAGCUACGACACUUGGGUUCAUGCUGGUGAUAUAGAUGCAGAAGCUGAAGAGCCUCCCAUUCCGGAGAAGCCAUGGAAGGUUCACGCCAAAUGGAUUCUGGACACAGACAUAUUCAAUGAAUGGAUGAACGAAGAAGACUAUGAGGUGGACGAGAACAAGAAGGCAGUUAGCUUUCGCCAGCGGAUCUAUAUGAAGAAUGAAGAACCAGUCCGCAGCCCGGAACGCAGAGACAGGAAGGCGACUGCCGGUGCGAGGAAAAGAAGGCACUCUCCUUCCCCACCGCCUCCUUCCACUCCAGUUGAAUCAAGAAAGAAGGCUGGAAAGAAAGGACAAGCAGGUCUUUAUGGGAAGAGGCGAGGGCAGAAGGAAGACGAUGACCAAGAAGAUCUUACGAAGGACAUGGAGGAUCCAACCCCGGUGCCGAACAUCGAAGAAGUGGUCCUUCCUAAGAAUGUCAACCCAAAGAAAGACAGUGAGAACACUCCGGUGAAAGGAGGAACGGUAGCAGACCUAGAUGAGCAGGAUGAAGAGACGGUGGCUACAGGAGGAAAGGAAGAUGAAGAUCCCAACAAAGGUGAUCAGAGCCGCUCGAUAGAUCCGGGAGAAGACAACGUCACCGAGCAGACGAAUCACAUCAUUAUCCCCAGCUAUGCAUCCUGGUUUGACUAUAACUGUAUUCACGUGAUCGAGCGCCGUGCUCUUCCAGAAUUCUUCAAUGGGAAAAACAAAUCAAAGACCCCCGAAAUAUUCUUAGCUUACCGCAAUUUCAUGAUCGAUACCUAUCGCUUGAAUCCUCAAGAGUACCUGACGAGCACGGCCUGCAGAAGGAACUUGACGGGGGAUGUUUGUGCAGUCAUGAGAGUCCAUGCCUUCCUGGAGCAAUGGGGGCUCAUUAAUUACCAAGUGGACCCCGAAAGUCGGCCCAUGGCCAUGGGCCCCCCUCCCACCCCGCAUUUCAAUGUGCUUGCCGACACCCCUUCUGGGCUCAUGCCACUUCAUCUUCGUGUACCUCAGAUCCCAGCUGCUCAGCAGAUGUUGAAUUUCCCUGAGAAAAACAAGGAAAAGCCUACAGAUAUGCAAAACUUUGGGCUUCGCACAGAUAUAUACUCAAAGAAAACAUUAGCAAAGAGCAAAAGUGCCAGCGCUGGGCGAGAGUGGACAGAACAAGAGACUCUGCUGCUGCUCGAGGCUUUGGAAAUGUACAAAGAUGAUUGGAAUAAAGUAUCCGAGCAUGUCGGAAGCCGCACUCAAGACGAGUGCAUCCUCCACUUCCUGCGGCUUCCCAUUGAGGAUCCUUACCUGGAGAACUCCGAUGCCUCCCUGGGCCCUUUGGCUUACCAGCCGGUGCCCUUCAGCCAGUCUGGAAACCCGGUGAUGAGCACGGUCGCCUUCCUGGCGUCUGUCGUGGACCCCCGGGUGGCGUCUGCAGCGGCUAAAGCAGCUUUAGAGGAAUUUUCCCGGGUUCGAGAGGAGGUGCCCCUGGAACUGGUGGAGGCCCAUGUCAAGAAAGUGCAGGAGGCAGCCAGAGUCUCUGGGAAGCUGGACCCCACCUAUGGGCUAGAAAGCAGCUGCAUUGCUGGCACAGCCCCGGAGGAGCCUGAGAAGCUAGAUGGGUCCGAAGAAGAGAAAAUGGAAACGGAGGCAGACGGAACGCAGGCAGAAAAAGUUAAGGUUGAAAACAAAGGGGAGAGUGAAAUAGACGGAAGCAAGGUCCUGGAAGGAGAAGAGGAGAGACACGCAGAAAAGGAACAAGAUGGUGACGCCCCUCUGGAUCCUAAACCAGAUGAGAGGGAAGCAGAAGAGAACAAGGAGAACCUUGAUGUGUGCAAAGACAAGGACAGCGAUGCUGGGAAGAAGAGAGCCGAGCACGAAAUCUCCGAAGGGAACGUUGCGACGGCCGCAGCUGCUGCCCUUGCCUCAGCAGCCACCAAAGCCAAGCAUCUGGCAGCAGUUGAGGAGAGGAAGAUCAAGUCCUUGGUUGCCCUCUUGGUGGAAACACAAAUGAAGAAACUAGAGAUCAAACUCCGUCAUUUUGAGGAGCUGGAAACGAUCAUGGACCGGGAAAAAGAGGCGCUGGAGCAGCAGAGGCAGCAGCUGCUGACGGAGCGCCAGAACUUCCACAUGGAGCAGCUGAAGUACGCGGAGUUGCGUGCCCGCCAGCAGCUGGAGCAGCAGCACAGCCAGAACGCCCAGCAGUCUCACCAGCAUUCCAGCGGCCCCGGCAUGAACCCUCUGGGGACGCCGGGGCAUUCCGGCCUGAUGCCACCCCAGCAACCUCCUCCGUAUCCCAUGAUGCACCACCAGAUGCCCCCACCUCACCCCCCGCAGCCAGGUCAGAUCCUCGGGUCCGGCUCCAUGGUUCCCGGGCAACCCAUGCCCGGCCGGAUGAUGCAGGCAGGAGCGGCUAACAGCAGCGGUGGCGGCACCCCUCAGCCCGGUCCAGCACCAGCAGCAGGGAAUAUUGCUGGACCCCGGGGGGCCUUGGUGUCUCCCAACGGCUUGUAUCCGCCUCCGCCACAGCAGCCGCCACCUCCUCCGGCCGAGGGAGUCCCUCCAUCUCCUGCAGGAGCGCCACCAGCCUCCACAGCACCCUGACGGGGUCCAGCCACAAGGAAUGGCUCAUGCUGUGCCAGUAGCAACCAAAACCACCUUUUUCUCCCUU